CGUCUUUUUUUGUAACCAAAGCUGUAUGUGUGGAACGUCACAUGUUGUUUCUCUUCUGACUCUCGGUCACUUAGCGAUGCGUGUUAUUUACAGUUCAACUGCUUUAGAAGUCGAACGCUCAACCGACUCCGGGAGUGAUACGGAGCCAUAGACAGACACGGACUAAAUUGAAGUUUAACUUGGAACGUCUGAGAAGUGAGGACAUAACAAGUAACGACAAUUGAGAGUUGUAUUUGAAGAAUGGCAAGUCCGCCAAACACUGGAGGACAAUUGCUAUCCAAUAACGCAAAUACUAACAACAAUAUAAAAAAAUCUGGAUACCUCAAGAAGCAGAAACAUGGACAUAAGCGAUACUUCGUACUGAGAGAGCCGAGCGAGGGAUUUUCUGCCCGGCUGGAGUACUAUGAGAGCGAGAAGAAAUGGAAAAGCAAGUCGGCGCCAAAGAGGGUUAUUCCUUUGGACUCUUGCCUCAAUAUAAACAAGAGAGCGGACGCAAAACACAAACACCUCAUCGCCCUUUACACCAAGGACGAAUAUUUUGCAGUGGCGGCGGAAAACGACCAAGAACAGGAAAACUGGUAUCGAGUCUUAACGGAUUUAAUGAGCGAGGGAAAAGUGUACGACGGCUCCGCUUCUAAUUCUGCCUCCUCGUUGGUGGGGUUUGAUGAGGCAAACUACGGGAUGAUUACGCCGGUUACUGCCGCUUACAAGGAGGUCUGGCAGGUAAACCUCAAGUCCAAAGGGCUUGGACAGAGCAGGAAUCUCACCGGGGUGUACAGGCUGUGUUUAUCCAGCCGGACUAUUAGCUUCGUCAAACUCAACUCCGAGGUGGCGUCAGUCAGCCUGCAGCUGAUGAACAUACGGAGGUGCGGCCACUCUGACAGCUUCUUUUUCAUCGAGGUCGGCAGAUCGGCAGCAACGGGCCCCGGAGAGCUCUGGAUGCAGGCUGAUGACUCCGUAGUGGCUCAAAACAUUCACGAGACCAUCCUCGAGGCUAUGAAAGCCAUGAAAGAGCUCUCGGAAUUCCGGCCGCGCAGCAAGAGCCAAUCUUCAAGCACCAACCCUAUCUCCGUGCCUACCCGCCGGCACCUCAACAAUCUCCCCCCGAGUCAGACGGGACUCAUUCGCCGCUCGCGCACGGACAGUACGGCUGCGACUUCCCCCGUGAGUAAAUUCUCCUCUUGUCGGAUCCGCACGGCCAGUGAGGGAGACGGCACCAUGACGCGGCCAAUGUCUGUUAAUGGGAGCCCUUUGAGCCCCGGGGUACACCGAACGCUGCUUGGGCGGUCCAACACCAUCACAGCCCGUCCCAGCCGGACGUUCGAUUCCUCCACCCUGCAGCACAGUAAGUCCAUGUCCAUGCCACUGUCCAACUCGUCCCCCCCAGGCCCGGCCACCUCCAGACCAGCCAGCCUUUCCUCCUGUGGGGACAGCAGGGACAGCAGCACCCCCCGGCCCAGCAGCUGUUGUGCCUCCCCCUCCCCCAGCGAUGCAGGGUUCCUCUCGUGCGAGGAGUAUGGCUCCAGUCCGUCAGACAUCCGGGAUCUCCGGCUCACGCUGCGCAGCAACACCCCCGAGUCCAUGAGCGCCGACACGCCCCCCUCCCGUGACCCCACUGGUCUCCACGGUUACAUGGUGAUGGAACGGAGCCAUGGUGGUUACCGCCGGCUGUCGGAGCUGGACAAGGCCUACCGGAAGCGCACAUACUCUCUGACUACCCCACGCCAACAGAGAAUGGCGCCCCAGAUCUCUUCUGCAUCCCUGGAUGAAUACACGCUUAUGAGGGCCACUUACACCAAUGGCAGCCAAUCAGGUCACAGGUCUCACACCGCCUCUCCAAAAGUGACCUAUCGAGAGGACUACGGCGACGUCCAGAUCGGCUCCAACGGUCACCUUGGAGACAGCGGGUACAUGCCCAUGACGCCUGGCGUAGCACCCCAAACCCUGGGGGCCAGAGACCCCACCUACAUGCCUAUGAGCCCCAUGUGUGUGUCGGCCCCCAAGCAGAUCCUCAACCCCCGCUCUCACCCCUCUCCUGCUGGGCCAGGGCCCAGGACUGAAUCCCCUGGCAGCCAGUCCUUGGAGGACAGUGGCUACAUGAGGAUGUGGUGUGGGGCAAAGAUGUCUGUGGAGAACUCUGACGGGAAGCUAACCAAUGGAGACUACCAUAACAUGUCUCCUGUAGACCACCUGGUCUCCGUCACCCCCCCAGACUACCUCCUGAGUGACACGGCUCCCCUCGCCCACAAGCACCCCUACGGGGUGAGCCCCCUGCCCCGACCCUUCCAAGUGCAGCGCUGCGGGGAGACCGACACCGACCAGUACGUGCUGAUGAGUUUGCAGGGGCAGAGCAUCCAGGAGGAGUCCAACUACUGCCCCCUCUCGCCCGGGAAGGCCGGAGCCGGCUCCCCUGCGCCUCCCUCGCCUUCCUCCUUGGCUCCCUCCCCGCUCCGAGCCGGGGGCUGGGCACAGGGGGGGCUGGUCCUCAGGGGGAGGGUCAACCGGCCCACUCGUCUGGCGCUGGAGUCUCUCCGUACCCUGCCCUGUAUGAGCGAGCACCCCCUCCCCUCGGAGCCCAGGAGCCCCGGGGAGUACGUCAACAUCGACUUCGGCGGCAGCUGCGCCGAGCGGUUGAAGUGUGCGCCCGUUGCCGUGACGACGGGCAGCCCCGUCCCCCCGCUGGGAAAGUCCCCGCCUCUCCCCGGUGCCGCCGUCAGCGGAGUCGGACUCGGGGGUUCCACCUCCCCGCCCCGCCGCCAGGGUCUGCCCGGAACAGAGGAGGCGGGAGAAGAGGAGGAGGAGAGCGGAAGAAGAGACGGAGAGGCGAAGGAAGAGAGGAGGGUGGAGGUUUGUCUGUCGGCCCCAGUGAAAGAUGACUACACCGAGAUGACCUUCAGCCCCAUUCCACCCCCUUCUGCCCCUCUACUCGCCAAAGACGCCCCCCCCCUCCCCACCAGCCCCACCGCCUGUGUCCAGAGACUGAGCCUGGGUAGCGAGACUGUGGGGGCCGUCCCCCCUGUCCCAGAGGAAGCCUUACUCCUGGGGGGCUCGUCUCUCUCCAUUCCCCCCUCGCUGGACCCAGACCGAGGGGCCAAGGUGAUAAAAGCCGACCCCCAAGGCCGCAGGCGGCACAGCUCAGAGACCUUUUCUUCCACCACUACCGUCACACCUGUCUGUCCAUCCUUCGCCCACGAGUCCAAGCGCCACAGCUCCGCAUCUGUGGAGAACAUGUUCCGGCCCGUACGGAACUCCGAGGGUUCGGACGAGGAGGGCGGUAGUGGAGGCAGCCCCAUGUGCAGGGAGACGUCGGCAGGCUUCCAGAACGGACUUAACUACAUAGCCUUGAACUUGAUGGAGGGAAGCUUGGCGGGCUGUAGCCUAUCAGGCUGUGAGGGACUGCUGAGGUACAAGACAGCCUGUGGGUGUAAAGGGGGCAUUAACGGGUUCAACACCAGCCCUUAUGCCAGCCUCGGCUUCAAGGAGACUGCCACAGCAGUGAAAGACUAAAGGCUGGAGGCCCGGCCCACCUCCACCCCUCUCUGCUCUCCCUUUACACCCUCUCUCUCUCUCUCUCUCUCUCUCUCUCUCUCUCUCUCUCUCUCUCUCUCUCUCUCUCUCUCUCUCUCUCUCUCUCUCUCUCUCUCUGUAAACAAGGGAUCAGGCUGCAGUCUUGUGACGGGGUCGCCACACCAACAGCUGCAGCAGACGACCCCCUGACCGCCACCCCUCCUUCCCGGGGUCACAGGGGCCGCCAUCGUCAUGGCAACAUCGACACUUGACCCCUCCCUCUCGGCCCCCAAACAUUCAGGGGCCAUCUUUGCUGCUGCUCAUUAGAAGAUUAUGGACAUUUCAAAUAGAUAACACUUUAAGAGGAAUAUAUUCUGUAUUUAUAUAUUCUGUGUACAUACAGUUAUUUCUAUAAAAGUAUAAUAAUAAUAAUGAUUAUAAUGAUAAUGAUUAUUAAUAUUAGUGUCUCCGCUCAUUUUGAGCCAGUCACCCUAACCUUUAUUUGACCUUUGAACCAAACCCAGAGAGAUGAGAUUUGUGACCACACAAACACACCCACACACACACACAUCCUCAAACACAUCAUUACAUGAAUGUAUUUAUUUAUACUGUAUAUGUAUAUAUAUACACAUAUUUAAUAUAUAUAUAUAUACAGAUAUUUAUAGUCUGUGUGAGGUGGAAAUUUAUGACUAUAUUUAACUAGUAAAUAAGUUGUUUAAACCCCUACCUCAGCACAAACCAGAUUAGUACUUAGUAAGACUCCACAACUAGAGAUGGAAAUAUGGAUUUAUUUUCAAAGGUGAAUGUUUUUCUAACCACCAAUCCAAAGCCUUACUGUGCUGUUUGCCCGUCGGACAGACGCUUAUUUUGGACCUAUAUACAAGCAGCAAAUCAAAGAUUGAACAGAUCACCAUGGAGACAGAAUGUUUGCCAAUACGAGUGGGUCUAAAAGAUAGAAUCAGUGACGUAAAUCGUCAGAGAGGAUUUAAUAACCAGCUACUCAACUCCCCUCAAUUUUUACGGCUUGAUGUCAUGGCGUGCAAGUACAAUAACCCCCCAGGCCCUGAACACAAUGCUGUCUCUCCUACCCCAUCUCUGGGGGGCCAAGGACACCUUUUUGGGGUCCAUUGUCAUCUUGCUGAGCCUGGCUUUAACCUCUGGUAUUAACAGUUACUAUAUUCUGAGAUUCACACACACUAUAGAAACUCAAAGUAGUAGGCUGUAUGGGUCAUAACAAAGAUCAUACAGUUAGGUACACAAACUCAAAUGGAGAAGAGGAACCAGUGGUUCCUAAGGGCAUGACACACAGACCUACGCAAACACACGCACAUGGCAUGUCCCAACCUGGCCUCUGGGUGUGUGUGUUGUGACUGACUCACACAAACAAAAACACGUUGACUCUCUUUCACCUUGGACCUAGAUGGACCUAGAUUGAACCCCCUCACGCCCACCACAUUCGCCCACUUGUGGUGGCGGCCCCAACUUCAACCCAGGCUGCUGCUCUUUGUCACAUGACCUCAGUGAAUGCAAUAUGUUUGAUGGGAGUUUGGUACGACAUUAGAGUAUUGGCACAGACCAUAUUCAUGGAUAUUUUUCUUACAUAACUCGGCACUGAGGACACGUCUUGCCUGCUGAUUGGCUGGCUUCUACAGUAGUUGUCAGCAACAUAGUGGGUUGUAGUGGGUCAAACCAGAACUAACGCAUGGUCUUGCACUUACAAACUUACUAGAUUGUAACACAAGACACGUUUGAAUGUAGGACGCUCAUCCACACCUGGGUCACAUGGUUGGCUCCAGUCUGCCUGGAGCAUCAAGUGGGCGGGGUUUGGAAUAUUUGGGACCAGUCCUUUUGUUCUAUCCUAGAUCAACCAAGUCCAGAUUAGUAUUUGAUAUGAAUUCAAAUAGUAUUUCGACCCAGGUCUGUAUUCAACUUAAGAACAGAACAAUCGCCAUAACAUUCGAUAUAAAUACAACAACGACAACAACAUGGACAAGAUACAGAAUGAGACA